GUGUAGUGUUUUCAAUAGUUUAACGAGUAAAUAAUUCAACCUUGAUGUAUGUUUAGAUCGAUAACUGUGUCGUCCGGAGUGUAGUGGAAGUGACGCUCGGCGCUAUUGUGUCGGUGAUGUAAUUUGGGUGAUUGGGUGGUUUCCUAGUCCUAGCCACUACAAUGGAAGAAUCCUCAUUUACGAUCCCUGCCGACGACAAUGGCGAUACUGAGCUCGAUCCUAGAAUACAGGUUGAGUUGGAGAAACUCAAUGCUGCUACUGAUGAGAUUAAUAAGCUGGAAUUGGAACUUGAUGAGUCCAUGAAAACUUUUCACCUGCUUCUGAACGAGACAUCACGACGUCUUCAAGCACUGACAAAGCGCCUAGGAACGUGUGUGGACAAGUCCCGUCCGUAUCACGAAGCUGUUGCCGCCGCUGUUGCGGCCAGGGCAGAAUGCCAGAAAGCUGCGGUGCAGUUUCAGAGAGCUAGUGAGCUACACGCAGCUGCAAAAGAGACCGUGACGUUAGCUGAACAGCGAUUCGUGAGCAAGCAGGACGAGUGGCAGUUUGACAGCAACUGGCAAGAGGUGCUCAAUCAUGCCAUCAUCAAAGUUAUGGACGCAGAGAAACGCAAGGCGGAUAGUGGCCGAGAGCACCAGAAAAAGGCUGCUGCGUAUAUCACAGCUGAGAGAAAGGUGACCCAACUGGAAGAGAGCUUAAAACGGAACAUUAUCAAAUCACGUCUGUAUUUCGAAGAGAAGAAACUCUGCGACGAGCAACUCCAAAUGCAGAACGCCAAGAUCGAGAAACUGCAACGCCUUAUAGCAGACGCUAAAUUCAGAUACUCCAAGUCCUUAAAAGCUUUAGAGGAAAUCUCUGAAGAGAUCCACAGGAGACGGGGUGAGUAUCCACCAGGCAGAAAUACCAUUCCUGUAGGUCCUAGAGAACCAGGCGUAGGGGCAGAAAGGGACCCUGUAAUUGACGAAAGUGCAAUCGUAAAGGAUCCUGAAGACGAAGACUCCAGUCUACAAGAACUGCGCAUGCGUGUAAGAGAACUCGCCUUGAAACCAAUUGACAGGAAAGACGUGGAGACCGAUGAAGCCUGGGCACUAGAACUAAACGAAACGAUAAAUAAGCUAGAUCAAUUGCUCAUGAUGAAGGAAAAUAACCAGCAGAAAAUAAGGUCGAAAUUUACGGCUAGUUCCCCGAGAAAUUCCAGCGCUCCGUCGACUAGCACUAACAGUGGUAGCAAGUACACUCUACCACCAAGUGAUACUUUGAAAAAUGACUCUAGUCUUAAUAAAGCUAAGUCUAUAAGUCGUGAGGUUGUAUACGAGCAUACUAACCCACCUAUAAGUAAAACUGAGAAGUCCAAAAGCAUGAUGUCGUUGGAUGUACUUGCGCUUGCGCGGGAUACAAAUAUAACGGAUAGAGAGUCGUAUCUAAAGGCGGUGAUUGAGGAUAAAUCACCCACUGGAACUUAUACAGAGAGUAACUCAGAUAGGAACGAAAGCCCUGAUGAGAUUUUGAUGGUGGAAUGUGAUUCCAGUGAUUCUACACAGAAUCCUGUGAUUAGAAUGACAAGUUCCACGAUCACGGACAGCGAUAACAGCUAAAUUUUUUACAAAAAUUGCAUAGAUAGAAACAGUGUAUGAGAUUUUCUUCUUAAUUACUUAUCUAUGUGAUAACUGUAUUUUAUAAAAAAAAAUUAACCGACUUAAGUUUGCUGUACUUGUUAAAUA